GGGAGACGACUACGGAAUCCAUUUGGGACAAGACCAUAGAGAAGGAUAGAGGCCUCUAGUAGCACAAAAAAAUAUAUUAGGAUGGGAAGCGCCAUUGAGGGCUUCCACCAUUGUAAUGAAGUCAACUGGGUGGGACUUCCAACUUCAUUGAAUGAUCCCGACUGGUUACUCUGUUAGCGUCAUGUCCAACCGGACGGAUCAGCCAAUCACGAAGAAGAAAAUGUAUUACUUCAAAAUUGAGAUUGACAGCAUCGGCAGGGCAGGCAGACGCAAAAUGGCACAGAUGAGUCAUCUAUCUAGCUUUAUGGACGAGACAAUAGUUGCAAGUUCAAAGAGUAAUUUGCAUGGUUUGAGUCGAGUUUUCUGAGAAAAUGGUAUCGGCGGCGUUUAAAGAAACCCAAUCUCUCUUUACUCCAGUGACGGUUUAUUCUCUGCUGGCCUGCGCCACUCAGUUCGUCGUGGGAUACAUCCUCGCGCAGAUAUGGGGAAGAAAAUGCUCUGGACCUGAUAGAUGGGUGCUCGUGUGGCUUUUCUACGACGCAAUUGUUCACAUUACUUUGGAAGGACCUUUUGUUUACAUGUCACUUGUUGGAACCGUGGCAACUUCAGACAAUAUUUUUGCUGAACUUUGGAAGGAGUAUGGAAAGGCAGAUGAGCGCUGGCUCCACUCUGACCCCACCAUCGUCUCCUUGGAGCUGUUGACGGUGGUCCUGGACGGCAUCCUGGCGCUGGUACUUGUCUAUGCCAUCGUCAAGGACAAACACUACAGGCACUUUGUCCAGAUCACGUUGUGUGUGUGUGAGUUGUACGGAGGCUGGAUGACCUUCUGUCCAGACUGGCUGGCAGGCAGCCCCAACCUCAACACAAACCACUGGCUCUACUUAUGGAUCUACCUGGUCUUCUUCAAUGGGGUGUGGGUGGUGGUACCUGGACUGCUGUUGUGGCAAUCAUGGCUGUCACUCAAACGACUUCACCCCUCCUACCAAGCCCCGAAGAAGCAGAAAUAGACAUUAUUUUGUAUGUACAUAGUAGGCAUUGGCACGCCCACUACCCAAAAGCCUGGCUUCGCACAAAUAAUAUGCCAUUUAGCAGACAGACAUUAGGUUUAGCAUGUUUUAUUAGUUUAUCAUUAAUAUAAAUAGUGAUGUAUCUGCAAACAAAAAUAUUAGUUUCCCUAGCUCUUUCCCCACAUCUCCACAGUGUAAUAAUACUCUCCAGUCUCCCUUAACAUCACAGCAGUUAAAUGUGCCUGCUAAGUGUUAAAUCUCAACCAUGUUGAUUGCACAAUCAAAAUGCCCAAAUAUGGAUCCUGUGCUUAGUUCAUAAUUGGAUUGAGAAUCCUGGCUCUUCCACAAUCAUUGUUCUGUUAUAAUCUGCAUUUCAAAUGGCACCCUAUUCCCUUUAUAGUGUACUACUGCUGAGGUACUUUAACAUUGUUCUAGUUUAAGGUAGUGCACUAUAUAGUCAGUAUCUCUGACUUGUCAAGUGUCUCUCACACAGUGAUAUCUCCACUGACGUGUCUCCUCUCAGCUCUUCUUGAUGAGUUUGGCCACAGAGAGGAAGGCUUGCUGGAGCCCCAUUCCCUUCAGGCCGCUGCAUGCCUGGAUCUGCCAGGCUCGGUCUUUGUAGCUGGGCAGCUCCAGCUGGUUGGACACCUCUCUGAUGUUCAUGGUGUUGGGGAGGUCCUUCUUGUUAGCCAGCACCAUCAGAGGUAUUCCCUUCAUGUUGUCGUCGGACAGAACAUUCUUCAGAGCCUUCUGAGAGUCCCCUAUACUGGCCCGGUCACUACUGUCCACCACGAACACCAUAGCCUUACAGCCCUCCAGGUAGUGUCUAGCUAAUGAUAUUGCAAUUUUAGCAAGUCAUUAGUUGAGGAUAAAAGGUUAUUCUAUUCCAGUACUCUAGCAACCUGAUCAUGGGACCGGAGACAGAAUGUGCAUUUAUUUGUUCUAGACUUUAACUGUCACACCUGAUUAAACUACACUGAACAAAAAUAUAAACUCAACAUAGUUUUGGUCCCAUGUUUCAUGAGCUGAAAUAAAAGAUUUCCAUACGCACAAAA